UCGCAGUAAUGACGCAAGUCGAGGAUUUUUCAAGGUGAUGUCUCUUUUUUUUUUUUUUUUUUUUUGCCUUGAAAUAGAAUCUGUGAGUCUCGAAUGCCUGGCUGUCUGAAUGUAAACCAUUGUUCCCGCUUGCAUGUGGAGUUAUUCAACAUCAAGGCCAAGCUGACAGAGUUGAUAGAAAUAUAUACAGUCCCCAGUGACUCAUGCUCAUCUCCACCAACAUAUCCUUUAACUAGCUUGUUAAAGUCAAAAAGAUACAUUCAAAAAUAUCAUUCUUAACCACAUUGGCUGUUAAUUAGGGCUGGGGCUGAUCAGCGCAUGAUCUGACCACGUCAUUGGUUAGCUAGACUUAUGUUCAGACCCAGACUUUCCCCAUGUUGAAACUGAUGACCUUGACUUGUUUUAGAUUCAUUAAAAGCUGUUGACAUCUUGAGGGGACUGGAUCCUUCUGAAUAAGUCUCUCUGUUCAUAAUGGGGUGGAACCAUGAUCUCAGAUACUGUCCUGUCUUCCUUAGUGAUUUUUUUUCUAGAAGAGCUACAGGGAGACUAGCAGGAAAGAUCUGCGACACACUUUUUUGGUUUCUUUUGCAUUAAACUAAAACUUCCUAUUACCACCAAAAACUAUAAGUGGGAAAAAUGCUAGAGCAGAACUACACAGAUGUCCACGCUCUGCUGGUAUCCUGGUUGCAGCAUUACAUUAAUGAGACAUGGGUGGUGGGAGCAGCUCCGUAUGCGCCACCACAUCGUCCACCUGUGCAUCUGAGUGGAGCUCCGGUCCAAGAUAAAGGUCACGGCAUGAUCUACAUCUGUCUGAUGGUGGGACUCUUUAGUUUCUUUACCUUUGGUAUCAUGUUCAGCUAUAUUCGCUCAAAGAAGGUGGAGAACUCACAGGAUCCAUAUCAUCAGUAUAUAGCUAAAGACUGGGCUAGUAUAGCCUCUCCUGUGGUCAUCAGCAACCCAGCUGCGCUCGGACAGCUUCCAGGGUACAGUGGAAGAGAGCAGGAGCAGGCUUAGAUUACAGUCGGUGACUUCUGUCAUUUCUAUACAGAGUAUAUGUUUGAUUUUCUGCUUCAUUAAAUUGAAAAAAAAAAAAAGUGUCACCGUUGUUCAUUAUGUCAAAAAUAAAUCAAACAAUUGAAUUCUACAGUCAGUUUGGUUUUAUAUAAUGCCACCGGGUCAUCUCACCUGCAGUUAUGACUAGUUUACAAUGUCCCAACAAACACCAACCUUCAACAGAUGUGAGAUUUUGAGGAUCAGUGUGUUAACCCUGUUGCCAUUUGUCAUAAAAUGAUCAUGUUCAACUGGCAUUUAUAAGCUCAUGGAAUGUUUGAGAAGUCUAAUAGGAUUUUCCAAGAAUACCUUACAUGCUUGAUCAUGAACGAUUGGCAUGACAACUCCACAGAAACAAAAUAAUUACUGCCCUCUAGAGAUUGUGGACAAAAUCACUAGUGUCACUUUUUUUUUUUAAGGAAUUUGUAAUUAAAAUGAAUUUGGAAGUAAAUUAUUUUUUAUUAAGCGAUUUUAGGUCUCUUUGGGACAAAUUAUAGAGUGUCAAAAAGGCCAAGCCUCCUUAUUACUAUACAUAUUUACUAUACUACAUUAAUAUUUAUCUGCCAAAUAAUUCACUUAAUUUGUUCAUAUUCAUAAUUAAUAUUUAAUUUGUAAUAAUAUUUUAUGUAAUAAAAAUAAUAAUAA